AUGCCGCCGAAGCGAAGAACCAGAAUCAUUCCCAAUGAUGCGUCGACGAGGCUUGAGGAAGCUACUCGCAGCGACCGAACGAGACCAGAACGACAGACGGCGCGGUCGGGCGGGUUCUUGUUCGUGGCCUCGACGGGACAGAAGAGACAGCCUUCCGACCAGCGACAGCUGAGAACGCUGCGGGCCCACGUCAUGCAGAAUUACUUGGACAGGACGCAUUCCAAGCAACGGCAGCUACCGGCGGAAGAGGCUGACGAGGACGAUGAGAUCGACCACCCGCUCACGGGUCGUCAGCGUCCGGGUGGUCACGAUCGAUCGACGAGCAUGACAGAAGGGCAGAAGAUGAGGUUUCGACUCAAGCCAGACGGGUUGGAGCAGAGAUAUCCGUUGAACCAGCGCAAGGGAUCGCAGAGAGCUACGAAGCAACAGCAACAGCAACCAGAACAGUUUGAGAGUACCUCAUCCACAUCCAUGUCCACAUCUAGUAGAGCUCCCCAACACGGGCAGAAGAAGAUGGACGAUGUCACGCAGCAAGAAUUCAUCCCAGGUCUUCCGCUGACCUGGCUUGGAUCGCAACGGAUCGAUCCGUUCGGCGUGCUUCCCGUGCGUUUCGGCACGAAAGAAGAAGCCAGCAUCAUCAACUUCCGCCGGAUGGAAAGAUACCCGUGGUGCCCGAUCAACGGGCAGAGCUCGUGGUCGGGAUUCGCCAUGUCGGAUCAACUCGUGUUCCACGCCACGCUGUUCAGCUGGGGCAUGCACUUCCGCGCGCGGGCGGGGGCGGUGUCCCCGCCAGACCCGGAGGAAGAAAUGCAAGUGAUGCAGCAUAAACUGGCGGCGGUGAAGUUGAUCAACGAUCGCCUGUCCGACCUGGAGCAGGCGGCUAGCGACGAAACCAUCGCGGCUGUGGCGGCGUUGGCCAACAUUGCGCUUGUGGUGGACUCGUUCUCCGAGGCCCGCAAGCACAUGCAAGGCCUGGACGCCAUUGUGCGCAUGAGAGGCGGCCUGUCCAGCUUGGGCGAGUCGGGUGUCCAACAGCAUCUGCAGCGGCUGAUCAGCUGGAACGACCUGAUCUACUCGGAGGUGUUUGAUGAGACGCUCCGGUUCCCGCCGAUCAAGGUCUGGGACGAGGCCUGGGGCAGCUUCCAACAUCCAAGGCUGCUGGGCUCGCUGCCGGGUCUGAGCCCCCAAGAGCUGCGGAAGGCGCGUGUUGCUCAUCACCCUGACGUGGUGGAUCUGCUGGAGAACAUUCGCGAGCUGUGCUGGGCUGAACAGGUCACGCCGCUCAGUCGGACGGAUGAGCCCAGCCGCAUGCGCCGCGGUGAUAUGUUCCUUCGCAUCGAGAGACGGCUACGCCUCAUUGCACAAGAAGACGAAUACACUCGGGCGCAUCAGCAGGACGACGGGCACUGGGACGCGAGGGUCUGGAGAGCAGUGGCUUUGGCUGCCUUGGUCUACACGCAUCACAAUCUGAGAGGGAAUCCGUCGAAGUAUCGCCAUUUCGGUGUCUUGACGAUACGGCUCCAUGAUGUCUUGCUCGCCAUGGACGAGGGCCUGUCCGAGUUUGAGUUCGCUCCUGCCAUGUUGAUCUGGAUGCUUCAUACCGGCGUGACUUUGAGUCGGCGGGCGUCUGUCCAUGGAUCGUUUGUCUCCAUGUUGGAAAGGGCUUGUAGGAGGUUUGGAUUGCUGGACCGAGAGCGGUUUCGUUGGACGCUGGCUGGCUUUCUUUGGACGGGCGAGGCUGAUGAGAGACGAUGUCUGGCUUCAUGGCAGGAAGUCGAACAGGUUCAGACUAGUAUGCAGGUAAGAUAG